AGUGUCUUGGUCAUUAUAAUACAAUCAUGUCAGGCUGCGAGCUUACAAUCUUAGGGCCAUAUCAACAACGUUAUGUACAACCGCUAUGUCGAGACAGGCCUAGUCCAGUUCUUUCGGACCCAUGGGCAAGACUCCGCAGCUGAAGAAAAGAAGGAGUGGGAGGAUCUCGUGACCCCGCGAGGCCUGGGAGUCAUUAAAAAGAGCAUUACCACCGAGUUCAAAUUUCCGAUGAAAUUCCCCGACAGAAUCCAUGUCCUGUACAAGUUGACUGAACCGCCAACAUACGACACGACUUCUCUCAAUUUGGAGGCAUGGGUCUUGUCAGACCAACACCGCCGAAUUGCCGCAAGAUGUGUAGAAGAGACCGUGAUUUAUGAUUAUGCGGUGGGGAAGAAGUCCAUGUUGAAGCCUUUCAUGGUAGAGAAGCUUCAGCAAACAUUUUUGAUGCAGGAGAAGGCUAGGGAGGCUUUCCAGGCCGAAGCGAAACAAGUCAUCGCAACCGUCGAGAAUAUGGAAGCUCAAAUCGAAUGAACUAGGUAUAUGGCCUCAUUUGGUUCGAUUUCCACGAAAUAGAAUCCACCAAAUAUGUAUAACAGCCUAGAUGGUGAUCAGGAGUACCACAUAUAAAUCGCAAUGGAAUCGAGAACUGACUGAGAAGUAUGACGGGGUCUAA